AUGCGUCUUCAGCCGCCAUCCGGGACUGGUACUCCCAUCGUCGAGAGCAAACCAACGAUAGAACAAAGUGAUGUGGAGGAUGUUCCGAAGCGGAUGGCCAUUGUCGGUAUGUCCUGUCGUCUGCCCGGACAGGUCUCGAACGUCGAAGAAUUCUGGGACCUAUGUUCUCGAGGAAGAAGUGCCUGGUCUCCAAUACCAAAGAAUCGAUUCAAUGCAGAUUCCUUCUACCACCCGAACCAUGACCGACCCGGAUGCUUCAACGCUCAAGGUGCUCACUUUCUCGAUGAAGAUGUUGGGUUAUUCGAUGCGCCAUUUUUCAACAUGACUCGACAGGAGGCAUGUUCUCUAGACCCACAGCAGCGUAUCAUGCUCGAAUGUGUAUAUGAAGCUCUCGAAAACGCUGGAAUACCUAGCCAGGAUAUUGUUGGAAGCAACGCUGGUGUUUUUGUUGGUGGUUCAUUUCCAGACUAUGAUAUCAACAACACGCGAGACCCCGAGGCUAUACCAAUGUUUUCAGCCACAGGAACUGCAAUUGCUUUGCAAUCCAAUCGCGUUUCUUAUUACUUUGAUCUUCACGGCCCAAGCAUAACAGUUGAUACGGCGUGCUCUGCCAGCUUGACUGCACUCCACCUGGCUAUUCAGAGUAUCAAGAAUGGCGAGUGCUCAAUCGCUAUUGUAGGAGGAUGUCAUCUUAAUCUUUUACCUGAAGGAUUUGUUUCUAUGACUCGCCAGAGACUUCUUGGUGCGAGCGGAAAAUCAUUCGCGUUCGAUCAUAGGGCAUCUGGAUUUGGUCGUGGUGAAGGCGCAGGUUGUAUUAUAUUGAAAUCUUUUGAUGAUGCGGUAGCCGCUGGCGAUGCCAUUCGAUCUGUGAUCGUCAACAGCGGCAUCAAUCAGGAUGGUAGGACGAGAGGUAUUGCCAUGCCGAAUGGUGAGGCGCAAGAAUCCCUGAUUCGUGCAGUUUACAAGCAAGCUCGUAUCGAUCCAUCCUUAGUGGGGUAUGUCGAAGCUCACGGAACUGGGACCAAGGUUGGCGACCCCCUCGAGGCAACGGCCUUAAAUGCAGUAUUCGGAGAAGGACGAACUGCAAGAUAUCCUCUCUUGGUAGGUUCAGUAAAAUCCAACAUUGGCCAUUUGGAGGGAUCUAGUGGUCUAGUCUCUGUUAUAAAGACAGCCUUGAUGCUUGAACGGGGAUUUGUGCUACCCAAUUGCAAUUUUGAGAAAGCCAACGAAGAGAUUCCUAUGGACAAGUGGAAUAUGAAGGUUCCCAAAAAGUUACAGCCCUGGCCGCGGGGUAAAACAUAUGCCAGCGUGAAUAACUUCGGCUUUGGCGGGACAAAUGCCCAUGUCAUCAUGCAGCGGGGUCCUAGGCAUGAAGGAGAAGCAGCCAAAAAUACUGAUCCUCUUGCCCAAAGACUUUUUGUCCUGUCAGCCGACGACAAGAGAGGAGCUCUCCAGAUGAGCAAAGACCUCGGUAAAUACCUCGACCUUCAUCCCUCUAUCUUCGAAGAAAGUUUGGCAGAUAAAAUUGCCUUCACCCUUGGUCAACAUCGAAGCUUCCUUCCGUGGAGACUGGCCGUAUCAACUGAUGUACAUAAUGGGCUGGUCCACUAUCUUGCCACGGACCCCGAACCUGUUCGAUCAUCUCGGGAGCCAACAAUUGGAUUUGUUUUCACCGGUCAAGGCGCUCAGUGGCAUGGAAUGGGAAAAGAGCUUUUGCACACGUAUCCGAUUUUCCAGCAGGCCAUGAAAAAAGUUGACACUCUCUUGCAGACUCUCGGUGCCACAUUCUCUAUAAUAGACGAACUACUCUUGACUGAUGCCACUGCCAGCUCUAUCUCUGCUGCCUACAUGAGUCAGCCGGCUUGCACAGCAGUUCAAUUGGCACUUGUAGACCUGCUGGCUUCAUGGGGGAUCCGACCAAAGGCUGUGAUUGGGCACUCUAGUGGAGAGAUUGCAGGAGCAUACGCAGCAGGCAUCUUGACUCUUGAGGAAUCUGUCCGUGUUGCAUACUUCCGAGGCGUCGCAGCAAACAUGAUUGCAAAGGACAAAAGCGUUCAAGGAGCGAUGUUGGCGGUAGGAGCCAACGCCAGUGAGAUCCAGCAAAUCCUAAAUGCAAUGCGAGGCCAGAAAGCUGUCAUCGCUUGCGUAAAUAGUGAGUCAAGUGUCACAAUUUCCGGUGAUAGAGAAGUCGUUAGUGAGCUGCAGACUGGAUUAGACAAGGAGGGAAUUUUCACUCGCAUGCUACAUGUCGAUGUCGCAUACCACUCCCAUCAUAUGCAACGAGUUGCGCAGCAAUAUCAGUCCUUCAUCGGAAGAAUCGCACCUCAGUCCUCAAAAAUUCCUUUUCAUUCUACUGUCCAUGGCAAGCUUAUUCCAGGAAGCACCCUUGAUGCGUCUUACUGGGUUGCAAACUUGGUGUCCCGUGUGGAAUUUGUGAAGGGUCUACAGAGUCUCUUAGCAACGGAAGAAGUCGAUGCCCAAAUUAAUACCCUGAUCGAGAUUGGUCCUCAUCCAGCUCUCCAGACCCCAACCAAGGAGAUUGUUCAAAUAUACGCCCCAAAGCGCACCAUUCAAUUUGCACACACAUUGAAGCGUAAAGUCGAGGCAGUUGAGGCACUCCAACAGCUAGCUGCAACCUUGUUUACCCAGGGUAUGACAACUUUGAACUUUGAGGCCAUUAACUUUCCAAAUCUUGAACAGAUGUCAAGAAAGCCUACGCUCUUGACCAAUCUUCCCAAGUAUCCAUGGAAUCAUUCUGAGAGAUACUGGUUCUCCUCUCGGCUUGGUGACAAUCAUUUUCACCACAAAUUCCCGCGCAGUGACAUUCUGGGAUUACUUUGCAUGGAAAACAUCGACUCUGAGCCCCGGUGGCGAAACAUUAUUCGUGCAGAAGAUCACCCUUGGAUUCGCCAGCAUCGAGUUCAAGAUAGCAGUGUCUACCCCAUGACAGGAUAUUUGGCCAUGGCAAUAGAAGCCAUCUCCCAACAGGCGCAUCUGAACAACCUAGUUCCCGCGAGCGUUCAGCUUCGCGAUAUCUUUAUCAGUCGUGUCCUUGCUAUUCCAGACAAUACAUCGGUGGAAAUGAUGCUUUCAAUGAGAGCUAGUCGAAGCGAGGUCUCCGGGAAAUCAGCAUUAGCCUGGCAUGAGUUCAAAGUAUUUUCUUGGGCUGAAGGCCGUGGCUGGGAUCAACACUGCCGUGGCUAUGUCAAGUUCCAACAAGCCAAAGACGCGAACCCUGUCGAUGGCUCCCGUCAGCGUACUGACGCUGAAGAAGAAAUCGUGAAUAUAGCAACUGAAACUCGUAACGCCUGUACCGAGCCCGUGGAUAACACAUUCUUGUACGAAAACAUCGCUAGUGGAGGUGUUCAGUACGGUUCGCUAUUCCAGGGCCUCUCAAACAUUUCCACAAGCAGAGGUCCACAUGCAAUGGCCACCAUAUCAGUGCCUGACACGAAGACUAGCAUGCCGCAUGAACAUGAAAGCGAUUGCAUUAUCCAUCCUGUGACUCUCGAUCUUUGCUCCCAGAUGAUGUGGUUGCUCCGGGGCUAUGGCCAUCCUGGGCCGCAAGUAACCCAUGUACCCUCUCAUGUUGAUAAUAUUUCUGUUUCUCUCCAGCAUGACUUCAGUAUUGGCACCACACUUCAGCUCUUUGGUUAUGAAACUGGGAAGGAGACAAAUGCCAACCCCAAGAACAACAGAAUUAUUGUGACCAACCCUGCUAAUUCAACCGAUGCCGCUGUUGAAAUCCGUGGAAUUACUUUGGUUCCCGUAUCAAACUUCAUCAGUGAGCACAAAGACAAUGCACCCGAACAAAUUUGCUACAAAUUGCAUUGGGAGCCAUGCUUCGAGUUCCUCUCUGAGGAAACUUAUCGCCAGCUACCCCGGAAUCAGGUCGGUGAUGGUAAUGGAAACAGCAGAAUGCACCAGUUGAACAAACUGGGUGAGCACUGGCUGCGUCGAAUGCUUCGCCUUAUUCCGGAGAAAGAUUACCAUACCUUGCAGAGCCAUCACCAGAAAUUCUACCGCUGGGCUCAGCAGACAUGCAGCAGUACAGACUUUGUUGAUGAUGUAUCUGCAACAGUCAUUGAACAGACCAGGAACAUGAACGGUGCAGGAAAACUCAACUGUAUCCUCGGUGAACUUUUGCCUGAGAUCCUCCUUGGUAAGGUCGAUACCUUGGGCAUGAUGCUUGAGGACGACAUGUUGAACAAUUACUACCGAGAUAUUGACGGUUUACGUGAGUCAUACACAAAUGCAUCUCUGUGUAUGGAUAAGAUGGCACAUCAAAAUCCAGACCUCAAUAUCCUUGAGAUUGGUGCAGGAACUGGAGGUGCCACAUUGCCGAUUUUGAAUAGCCUCGGUGGACAUGAGUUGGGUUCCACACCAAGGUUCUCGCAGUAUACUUAUACCGAUAUCUCCCCUGGUUUUUUCGAGAAGGCGAAAACCAAGUUUGCAGACUGGGCUCACCUCAUGGUCUACCAAACUCUUGAUAUAUCCGCUGACCCGGUGGUCCAGGGAUUCAGACUAGGAGCAUAUGAUGUGGUUGUUGCCUGCAACGUCCUACACGCUACGCCUGACAUCAAUAAUACUAUGGGAAAUAUCCGUGCCUUGUUGAAGCCAGGCGGUAAGAUCUUGCUCAUUGAGGAAACCAUUCCCAAAGCUACUCAUUUCCCCUUUGCUCUCUUGCCUGGAUGGUGGCUCGCCAAUGAUGGGGUUCGUCACGAUGGGCCUCUUCUUACUGUGAAAGGUUGGACUGAUGUCCUGAAAACAAAUGACUUCUCGGGAGUGGACUUCUGCGUUGAGGAAUAUCCCGGGGCUUCUUACCAGUCUGGUUGCCUGAUGAUCUCGACGGCAAACUAUGUGAAGAGUGGUCCCUCCAGCCCGGGAGAUAUUGUCAUCAUCGGCACUGAGUCCAUUGGUAGCUUGUCGUUGCUUAGCCUCGAGAGUGGCCUAAGUAACGUCACUGGGAUUGCCCCGACAGGAGCUUCGAAUUUCGAUACCGCCGAUGUGAAUGGGAAAUGGUGCAUCUUCCUUGAGGGUAUGGACCGAACAAUCCUAUCUGAGCUUAGUCCGAAGCGUUUCCAGGCUCUCCAACAGCUUUUCAGUCGUUCCAGAGGUCUUCUUUGGGUUGUGAGACACAGAAAAUCUGAUCCACAGUCUCUUGGUGGGAAUAUGGCGAUUGGUCUAGCUCGUACUGUGCGAUCGGAGACUGGUGUCCAAUUUUCUACCUUGGACCUAGGUGAUAAGGAUGCAGUCUCAGAUGCCAAAGCUGUGGAGUAUAUCAUCCAAGUUUUCGACAACGUGUACUGUAAAAGAUCUCAGCUCAUGCAAGGUGAUAUGGAGUUCGUUCUUCGCCAUGGGCAUAUUUCCGUACCUCGCCUUGUCGACAACCAUGAGCUCAACUCAAGCAUCCAGCUAGAGACACCCGACGCACCACCUCAACUGCAAAAGUUCAAACAGCCUCGUACUCUCAGACUUACCCCUGGUGAAAACAAUGGCUUGGACAAAAUGUACUUCACUGAUGAUUCAUCCCAGAGUUUCCCACUACUAGCCAACCAUAUUGAAAUCAAGGUCCAAUGUUGUGGUCUCAAUUUCAAGGAUGUAUUGAUCGCUAUGGGCCAGCUGCACGGCGCCGGUCUUGGUCAAGAAUGCAGUGGAAUUGUUACUCAGGUUGGUGCAGAAGUUAAUGAUUUCAAUGUCGGAGACCGCGUAUGUGCCAUGUCACCGGGUUCUCUUUCAACAUUCACCCGCUGCCAGUCUUCCCUCGCUUGGAAAAUCCCAGAUGCGAUGUCAUGGGAUAUUGCGGCCUCACUACCUGCAGUUUGGUGUACAGCAUACUACUCCUUGGUCGACCUGGGCCGUCUGGUUAAAGGCGAGAAUAUUCUCAUCCACGCAGCCGCUGGUGGAGUUGGUCAGGCUUCCAUACUGCUUGCGAAAGCUCUCGGUGCCAAGAUCUUCGCUACUGUGGGAAGUGUUGAGAAGAAAAAUUACUUGAUGGAGACUUACCAGCUUGAAGAAGAUCAAAUAUUCUUUAGCCGUGAUACAUCCUUUGUUAAGGGCAUUCAACAGGCUACUGGUGGAGAGGGGGUUGACGUAGCUCUCAACUCACUAGGAGGAGAUGCUUUGCAAGCGACAUUCGAAUGUGUCGCUCCCUUCGGACGUUUUAUCGAACUUGGCAAAAGGGAUAUUACACAGAAUGCUCGUUUGGAAAUGGCCCCCUUCAACAAAAAUAUAUCUUUUGCUUCAGUCGAUCUGGGACUUGUCCUCGACCAGCGCCCCAGAUUAGCACAGCGAUUAUUGCGUGACUGCUUCGAACUUUUCACAACCUCUAACAUCCUGGCUAAAUGGCCAGUGACCACGCUGUCUAUUUCCGACGUGGAAACUGGGUUCCGCUCUCUCCAGAGUGGACAAGUGAUUGGCAAGAUGGUUCUUGAGAUUAAAGAUGAUGCCAAGGUCAACGUCUAUCCUGCACGAAAGAAUGAAAUGUUGCUUAACCCAGACGGUACUUACAUCGUUGUCGGUGGAACCAGCGGAAUCGGUCUGGAUCUGGCAAGCUGGAUGCCCCAAAAAGGAGCCCAGCGCCUUGUGCUGGUUUCAAGAAGUGGUGCAGCCACUGAAAUUGCUCAGAAAACUAUCCUGGACUUGAUUAGCAAAGGUAUCGAGGUUCAGAUUUGUCGCUGUGAUAUCUCCAGCGCACAAAAUGUAGAGCAGAACCUCAUCCCAGUACUAAACCGAAUGCCACCCGUCCGAGGUGUGAUAUUUGGUGCAAUGGUUCUUCGAGAUAUUCUUUUUGAAAAAAUGAAGUUUCAGGACUACGAAUAUGUUAUGAGACCCAGAAUCCAUGGAAUCUGGAACCUACAGAACACCCUUCAGAAGUUGAACAAAGCGUCUAGUAUUGACUUUUUCAUCACGUUAUCCUCUGCUGCUAGCUUUGUUGGAAAUAUGGGCCAGUCGGCAUACGCUGCCAGUGGAACAUUUAUGGCAGCACUUGCUCAAUACCCCGAGGUCGCCAAAAUGCCCUGCACAACGAUCGAUCUGCCAGUUGUACACGGCGUUGGCUAUUUAGCAGACGACUCUAAACGUGAAAUUAUCACCUCACAGCUUGGAACUGAGUCCAUCGGUGCUCCAGAAAUCCGAGCUCUCGUAGCAGCCGCAUUCCGAAAUGAAAUGCGAGAUAGUUGCAAUAACCACUGCGUCGUUGGAUUUGCAGGGGUCAAGUCAACCCCAGCCGUUGAACAGCCGUUUUGGAUCAACGACACGAAGCUUUCGCAUCUUUUGCGUCUGUCUACUCUGGCGGGGGCAGGUGCUCUCGGUGAUACUCAAGCAAAUAAUGAGAUUUCUCCAUCAACUUCUAUCCGGGCCUGUCGAGGCCGCGAAGGUGCCGAGGCGAUUGCCGGCGUUGCUUUGAUGCAAAAGCUGUCGAGUAUCUUGAUGAGGCCGAUUGAGGAGAUGGAUCCCUCGGCUCCGAUUUCAGUUUAUGGGUUGGAUUCCCUGGUUGCUAUUGAGAUUAGAAACUGGAUCACUCGAGAGCUGGAGGCUAAUCUUCAGAUCUUGGAGAUUCUCACCAGUGACUCCAUUCCCGCCCUCUCUGAGACGAUUCUUAGAAAGUCAGGAAUUCUUACUCCGGAAAUCAAGACUGAGUGGGGACUUGAUGUCCAGGAGCAGAGAGUGGCGGCUGCUUGA